AUGGAGAACGCAUGCAAGGAUAAGAGGACCAACUCACUGGCAUUUGCUCGAUCGGAUUGUCAUACCUGUGCGGCGGCAAAUGAGCAGUGCGACCGUCGCCGCCCUCGGUGCUCAACAUGUCUCGAUCAUGGCCGCAAAUGCGGCGGAUUUGCAACGCCGCUGUCCUGGGACACCCGAAGAAUGUGGUCCGAUAACCCGUCCGUGAAUAGAGAAAACGGAACGGGGGACUUCAGCGGGGACGUAGUCAAUGGUCCAGAGCCGUCGUCGAAAAGACCGACCCCGCGGCGGUUUCGGUUCAUUGGAGGUGCCUCUCGGCCAAAGAAGCGCAAGAUAUGUCGGGGCCAUAACUCAGUCCGAGCUCGAUCGGCACAAGAUGAGAAUACGGAAACCAUGCCAAGAAUCACAAGUCUGGACCCGACGGAUUACGAUCAUGUCGAUCAUGAGUUGGGCAUUGCAGGAAUACAGGAUCCGGACCCUUUGCAUGACCUCUGGGCUUUCGACUCUUUCAUGCCUAACAUCUUUGGGUCUACAAAUCUUUUCGAUCUCGGUCAGGACUUAACUGACAUGUCUGCUCUUAUAUCUCUGUCCAAAACACCACCAUCCGGCACCGAGAGACUGACCGAUGCAAGAAAUGAUGAUGAGGUCCAAUUCAACUCAUUGCCGACCGAUAUUGAUCCCCAGGUUCUGGUGUCUACGCCAAAAGAUGGACCACCGCAGGGUGUUGAUCAAAGCACAUCCCAGGUGUGGACAUCCCCGCGUCUUCCAGCAGAUCCCGAACCUGCAGGACUCUCGCCGCACGACCACGAGUGGCUUCUGCAAAUGUAUGACUACGAGUUUUGCGUGCUUCCCUUGACAUCCGACAUAUCCAUCAACCCUUUUCGCUGCCAACGUCAAACCUCGCAGGGGUCUCUUUUACUCUUUCAUUCCAUUUUAGCUCUAUGCUGCCAGCACCUGCGACGCCUCACUGGCAGCUGGGCCACUGAAGCAGAUGAACAUCGCCGCAAGGCCCUUCAACUGCUAGACGAGGCUGUACAGCACCAGCAGGCUCAUAGCAAGCUGAGCCUCUUGGAGCCUAUUUUGAUUCUUUUUACGCUUGAUUGUACGCUUUCCGCCGCCGGCAAAUGGACCACCCACCUCCAUCGAGCUCAUACAAUGCUGCAAGUAUGCGGGGGGCCGAUGUCUCUCACCACUCCCCGUGUGCGAUCUCAGGUUGGUAUGUUGCUUUGGUGGGACGCUACACUGGCACUGAUAUCUCGGCACGGCCCUAUCAUGGACCCUUCUUAUUUGGAAUUCCUCAUCAAAUGGGAGAGGAAAGAUAAUUGGUCAUUUUUUGAUCUCACCGGAUGCCCCGGUGACUUGAUAGUUCAUCUAUUUCAUCUUGCGGAGUUGGCUCGACAAAGCGAAAUCGCGCGGUCUAUGAAGUGGUUAUCCUUCAACAUCGCAUCCGUCAUUGCGAUCGAAGAGAAAGUCACGGCGUGGACCAACAAUAUCUCGCCAGUCGAAAGUGAUCCAGAAAUGUCAGAUACAGAAGCCGAAAAACAAUUCCACGAGCAACAGGAUCGUUUUUACUGUGCAGAGGCCUGGCGUUUCACUUUGCUUUUGUACAUCGAAAGUGUUUUCAAGAGUGAUCGACAGAAACGUCAUUUUGCCAUCAAUAAACUAGUUCGCCAGACGAUUGAUUCAAUUCGAUGCUGUCGACAAACAUCACAAACACAGAAACAGCUUCUUCUGCCCGUGUUCUUGGCAGGCAGCGAAACAUCGGAUGAAGCCAUGCGCGAUUUUGUGAAGGAUUAUUGUUCUUACUGGGGCGAAAAGAGUCGCUACGGCAUGUUCAACUCAACGCCGGUAUUGUUGGAUGAGAUGUGGACAACGGGGAAAUGGUGGGGUGAAGUCAUUGAUGGUAAGACCAAGUCGCCUGGCAAUGGACAAGGACAGACACAGCUGUUAUUCGGAUAA